AUGGAUAGCUGGAUUGUUAAUGACCGUGUAAGGUCGUUGGUUGCCGUGUUUACUACCGUUGUUGUGGUUGUUUCCUGCCUAAUUAAGGAUGUGCAUGUCUCUAGGCCAGGGAGAAGUAAGGAACCGUCUAUGUUUCGAGACUUGACUAGGAAAAAACAUAUGGAGCAUAUUUUAAGGAGUGGUCGUGACUAUUGCGUGAACUAUCUUAGGAUGGAUGUAGGUCCUUUUAUGCAUCUAGCCUCGAUCAUGCGUGACAAGCAUCUCCUUCGGGACACACGGCACAUAUCUAUGGAGGAACAGUUAGCCAUGUUCUUACAUAUUGUUGGUCAUAACACAAAAAAUAGGACUAUGAGAAUUGAGCUUGUCCGAUCUGGGGAAACGAUUAGUCGAUAUUUUAAUUGCGUGCUCAUGGUUGUUUGUGCUGUUCGAGAUGAUUUUGUUCAUUCCCCUAGCUCCAAUUGUCACCCAGAAAUUGAAUGUAACCCCAAUUGGUAUCCAUUCUUCAAAGACUGUAUAGGUUUGUUAGAUGGGACACAUAUUGAUGCGUCCAUCCCACCUCAAGAAAUGCCUAAGUUUCGUGGUCGUAAAGGCCCAACCCAAAAUGUGUUGGCUGUUGUGAACCCUGAUUUGCAGUUCACUUAUGUGUUGGCGGGUUGGGAGGGAUCAGCGAAUGACUUCACUGUCCUAAAAGAUGCACUAGCAAGACCACAACCUAAAGGAUUAAAAUUGAUAGAAGGUGUCGACCCAAACGAUAUGUUGAUGCAUGAAGAAAGCACACAAAAUGAUGAGCAAAUCAUGUCAACACAGCCCAGUCACAACGAGAACAACGGGAAGAGAAUCGCCAAUUCCUGCAAACAUCUUUACGAUCGCCUGUUUGUUUUACCUGCUUUUUUCCUACAUGGAAUUCCAGCUACGAUGGAGGGCAUUGAGUGUGCAACGGAGAGGUCGUCAUCAAAGGCUUCUGGUAGCAAGCGCGGUACCCCUAACAAGCAAUGGAAGGUUGAAUACGAUAGCUUCUUGAUCCCACUUCUACAGGAACAAGUACAAAAAGGGCUAAAAUGUGAUAUAUCAUUCAAACGAGCAGCAUUUGUCUUUGCUGUUGUCGCUGUCAAUUCUAGGUUCAAUACUGAAUUCAGUGCGGAGAACGCACACCCGGCAGCGAAGGCUUUCAUAAACAAACCAAUUGAGCAUUAUGAGGCAUUCCGGGUUAUAUGUGGCGAGGACAAUGCAAUAGGCAUGUAUGCGAUGUCUGUGUUCGCUGAUUUGGGGGAUAACUCGGAACAUGAAGGCAACAAUAACAACAACUUUGAUGAAGAACUAGUAGAACAGCCAAGUGAUGAUGAUGCCGAUGCGAACUUUGCCCCACCUGUAGUGAGCAUCCCUGCAACCUCAUCUACACCAAGGUCACAACGUUCACGUAGGGGUUCGAAAAAUCCUUCAAUGAUGGGUGAUCUCAUUGUUGUGGUGGGAGAAAUGGCAUCUACCAUUAAAAACCCCACACACUGGAUAGAGAGCUUGUAUGCGAAGGUUAUGGAGGUUGAUGGUUUUGAAAAGAAGGAACUUGUUCAGGAUGGUUUGAUUCAGCACCUACUGCUUCGGACUCACUUGACUGAUCCCUGUUUCUACUUUCAUGUUUUGUCUGGACAUGCUUAUCUUUAUGUUGCUCUGCAUGGUUUAGAUAUAUGUUUGUUUCUCACUAACAUGUCUACUGAAAUGUUUUACACAGAGUUACAAGUUGUUGACAAGGAGUUGGCUAUUGCUAUUCUCUAG